AUGGACUCUGAGGACAUGUUCGAGCACUACAGGGCUGCUGCCGCCUCUUCUGGCCAGAAGAAGAAUAGCAAGAGGGCUCGGGGGGAGAGUAGUAAAUCUACCUCAAAGAAGGCCCGAACUGACGACCCUUCGGCUACUGCCCCUUCGACGGAGAACUCACCACCUCCAUCGUCACUCGAGCAGCCGGCCUCAACUCCUUCGGUUGGGCAAACUUCUAAUCCUACAACACCCGCCGACCAGCAGCCUUCUCCUAAGGCACCUAGCAGCAAUACAUUGCGCACUCCGCCCGAAGGCUCCCUGCCCAGCCUCGUGGUCAGCUCUGCCAGGGAGAAAAUAUACAAGCUCUCCAAGCAUAAACGCAGUCAGGCCGCUAUUACUGAAACUACCUCUAUGGAGGCUAAUCAAGUUCUUAAUAGAGGACUGAACGAGAUAUUCAGUGGGCUACUAACCAUAACCGCUGGCUGGCGUCGUGCUGGAGCGUUGGUGUCUCGAGGCAGGCACUUCGAUGUCAGGCUCGUCGAGGCCAAGAAAGCACUCGAAGCUAAAAACAACGAGCUUACCAAGCAGAAUAGCGAGUUUCUUGCGGAGACAACGGAGCUGUCUAAGCAGAAAGAAGAACUGCUCGAGCAAAAAGCUACUCUGACUGAGGAGCUACUAGAAACCCGGAACGCCCUGAAGAAAUCCAACGAAGCCAGGGAAAAAUUUAGGGAAAGCACCACACUCAACUAUCAACAGGCUGUUCAGCUCGAGCUUGAUCUGAUCGCAAGCAGACAGGAGGCGGAGGAACUCGGAAAACGAUGUUCCAUUCGCCUGGAAGAAGAACAGAGGGCUGAAGUGUCUCCAGAUAUUUCCCUGGCAGCAGGGAUAGAUGGUGCAGACACUGAAGCUGGCACAGCCAUCGACCAAGACAUUCCUCAAGACCCUCCAGCUCCUUAA